AUGAGGACCACAGCGCUCCUCACCCUCUUACCUCUCAUCGCAGCGAGCUGGGUCCCGCGUCAGGCGGCCAGCUCGGUCUCGUCCGCUGCUGUCUCGGGGGCUUCUUCGGCGGUGGCUUCAUCAGCCGUAGCAAGCGGCGCCAGCUCUGCUGCACCAGCUGCAUCCUCUGCAGCAUCGACCGCCGGAAACUCGACUUCUACUGGCCCGAAGGUGACGAUCUACCCGUACAACGCCCCUGCCGCAGGUGUCACCAUCACCGGUGUGCGGACCAGCAGUCUCGUUACGGACGCCUACCUCGGUAUCCCCUUCGCUGCUGCUCCUGUCGGAUCUCUCCGAUUCGUGUCUCCCCAGCUCCCGACCUGGAACACCUCCACCUUUUCGGCGACCCGCCAACCGCCUGCGUGCCUGCAGCGCAACUCGACCGCAUACGGCGGCAAUGGCUACUCUGAGGACUGCCUCUUCCUCAAUGUCUUCACUCCCCAGGGUGCGAAUGCGUCCAAUGCCUACCUUCCGGUCUUUGUCUGGGUGUAUGGCGGUGGAUUUACCAGCGGCGCGGCGAGCAUCUACAAUGCAAGCUUGAUCAACGCUGCGGGUGCCACUUCUAACCGACCCUUCAUCACUGUCGUCAUCAACUACCGACUCGGCUUCUUUGGCUGGCCGUACGGCAAGGAGAUCGCCCAGAACGGCGCUGCCAACCUCGGUCUCAAGGACGUCGUCGCAUCCCUGCAGUGGGUGCAAGACAACAUUUGGGCUUUCGGAGGUGAUCCCAGCCGGGUCACUCUGGGUGGUCAGAGUGCAGGCGCUAUUGCCGUUGCGCUGCUCUACCUCCGUCCCGACCUGGAGCUCUUCCGUUCAUCCAUCAUCCAGUCUGGCGGAACCUCGACAGCCCCCAUCUCGCCUACCGGUGAGGCGUGGGAGGAUGUCUACAGCCUCAUCGUCUCUUCGACAGGCUGCAACGUCACCGCCGCUGCUGGCAAUUCCACCUCGGCAACCAAUGCCACUGCGAACGCCGGUAACUAUACCAGCUCGUUCGAGUGCCUCAAGUACGCCCCGGCCGACAGGCUGCUCGCUGCGCAAAUCGCGGUACAGAGUAACAUCCGAUAUGGAUCUAGCUUUACAUUCGCCCCAUCUAUCGACUACGAUCUCGUUCCGGACUCGCCCCAUGCUUUGGUCGCUUCAGGCCAAUUCGCACGCAGGCCGAUGAUCAACGGGAAUGUCAAGGACGAGGGAACCAUCUUCGUUCCUCGUACCGUUCCCAGCGGUCAGGUCCCCCUGCUCCUCGGUGCCAUCGAGCCUGUUCCCCCAUCCAACGCCACUUUCGCCAAGCUGCUCCAACUCUACCCAGACGUCCCUGCACUUGGAAGUCCUUUCGGGACCGGUAACGAGACAUUCGGUCUCAGCUCUGGGUACAAGCAGGCAUCCGCCAUCAUUGGCGACAAUGCCUUCCAGGCCAACAGGCGAUGGUUGAUUCGCAACUCGCAGAACUACUUCCCGGAUGUCGGGGUUUACUCUUACUUCUUCAACCAGACCACUCCUGGCGCGGCCAACUACACCGGUGUUUAUCACGGAAGCGACGUGCCUUACGUCUUUGGAUCGGUCUUCGCUGGUGGCAACUACACUGCUGCGGACCGGAACCUGUCCACCAUCAUGGGCAACUACUGGAUCAACUUUAUCUACAACCAAAACCCCAACGGCGCCAACGCUACCAACUGGCCCGUAUACGGCAGCUCUUCCGAGCAGAACAUGCUUCUGCUCCAAGCCAACAACGUGACGCUCAUUCGCGACAACUACCGCGAGGAGCAGAUCGCCUUCUUCAACUCGGAGCCGGACCAGUUCAACCUCAAGAAGAGGGGGCUGGUAGAGGAGGAGCAGUUGAUGUAG